AGAUAUGGUAUGCACGUGUUUGUCAAUCAAACCACAUCAGGCGUUUUAUCGGGUACGGUGGCUGUUAUGCUCACGUCAUUAAAACGCGAUUUAUCAGAGUUCAUAUUCAGGCCAGUACACACUUCCUGUCUUCAGUGUAUUAUCUAUACAGGCUUUCCGCGCAUUAUACCAAAGUAA